UAAUAUUGCUCUCCCUUACGUAGUACAAUAUCGCACAAGGAAGCUCUCAUCUCGUCAACGGCUUUACAUUCUUCGCCGUUUCGUCUUCUUGCACCGCAGAGGAAAGCCUUCGUUUGGUACUGGCAUUAGAGCCGCUCGUCGCAGGCGAGAAGGCGUCGCAGGCGAGAAAGCGGCGCAGUGAGUCCAAUUCAGGUACUCGCAGCUCGCAUUCUGCUGUCGGACGAUUGUCUGUCAACCGUCGCGUUCAGUCAUCCGCCGCGGAUUAGCACGAUUUCACGACUUCGCCUUGCGGAGGAUUACUCGUGCGGUGGAUAACGAGUCCGGUUCAAGCGGUUCUCUCCCCGCAGUCUCCUCUCCGAUUGUUUCUGCGGUGGGUGUAAGAAAGCUUGGCAACGAAUAGCGCGCCGAGCGUGCGGAUAUGCAGCGGAUGGAAAUCCACUCGCUUUCCGCCUCAGCCGCCACUCGUUAUGCCUUUCACGAGCGCGAGAAUCGCGAUGUGAUCCGCGAGGCGAAUACUUUUUGAGGCAAUGCGGGAGCGCGCCUCGGAAGUCGCACUCUUACCUGACAGCGCGCUUUAAUGGCCAGCGAGUCGCCUCUGCAUCGCCCCCAACCGCACGUUCACCCUGCCUUCUCCUCAGCCUUUUCAUCCGCCCUCCCUGCGUCCUUCGCGUACCAUCAGAGUCCUCUCGAGAUCGUACAUUCCUCGCGUCUCGCCGCACCUCCUCGUGCUGCGUCCACGUGUCACGCAGAAGCAGCAGCUGUAGCCAGCGCUGCUGUCGCCGCUACAGCUGGCACUGUAGCCGAAUCUCGUUCCGCGCCACCUGCCGUCUCCGCUAGCGCAGCAGCUGCGGCUCCCGUUUUCCAAGAAAUUUUGGAACGCGAGUCUAUUCGAGGAGAUCCUGCAUCGAAGAUCCAGAAUCAACGGUCAAUGGAGCCGGCUAGUCAACCGGCCACAGUAGAUAGCGCAACAGAUAGUGCCCCUCGAGUAGCCUCUUCCCUAACUUGCGAUUAUGACGAUCAGGAGAUCGACGGCGGUGAUUUCGUCCGCUACCACAGCGAUCCGCGGCCGAAAAAGUCCGGCGGAAUGCGCAUGUCCAACCUGGGGAAAGCGCUAGGGUUGCGCGAGUCGGGGCGGGGGGAAGCGGAUGUAGCGAGCGGAGGCGGAACCAGCGGCGCGAGCUCCGCGCGACCAGCUGCGGCUUCCGCCUCCUCUGCGCAGCUGCGCCAUCACCGCAGCUACCUCAAGCAGAUGUCGAUGCCCGCGGGAAAAGCCGCCACCGAAACAGCCGUCAUAGCCCCAGCCCGCGGAACAGAGGGGAGGAGCGGGGGAGCAGGCGGGGGAACGGGGGCGGGUCCUGGCGUGGGUUGGCUGGAUGCAUCUGGACGGUCGGAUUUCGCUAUCAUUGUGACGAGGACAAGUGGCGCGAUCUGGUUGGAGGAGAUGCACAAGCGGCGGGUGCACCACGGUCUGUGCGGGCUUGGGCGGGAAAGGAAGAGCCUAGAGGCGUUUGCACAGGCGCAGCAGCGGAAGGCGGAAGGGGAGGUCCCUGGCGCUUUAAAGCGUGCCCCUCUUACCAGGAAGGUUAAGAGAGGACUAGAAGGGGUGGGAGAAGGCGCAGUGUACAGUGGAGUCACAGUAGAAGGUGUGCUUAUAGGUGGGGUUGUGCAAGCGGGCAAUGCCGCGAGUGGCGGUGGCGGGGGGUCUGCUGGUGCGGAUGGGGAUACGGGAAAAGAGGUGGGGGAAAGCAGAGGUGGCAGUAGGGGAGAUGAAAAUGGGGGGGUCGGCGGAGAGGGGGGAGGGGGGGGCGGAAGUAGAGAAGGGGGAGGGGGAGGCAGUGGGGAAGAGGAAGGGGAUCGGGAGGAGCAAGGGUCGCAUCCUGAGCCGCAAGGAGAGGAGGGGGAGGGGGAGGAGGAGGAAGAGGAAGAGGCAUUAAGAGGAGACGAGGAGAAAGACGAUGAGGAGGCUGGGGGAGGAGUGGCGCGCAGGUCAGUCAGCAGCAACAGCGCGAUGGGCGGCGCAAGAGGAGCGAGAGGCUCAGCAGCAGCAGGGGGGGCACGGGCAGCAGCACAGCGGACAGCCAGCGGGGGACCAGCAGCGUACGUGCCGCACUGGAGGAGAGCCAGCGGGGGAGGGGACGGGGAGCGGUGGCAGACGGCGCGGUACGAGCCGAGCCCGACGGUGUCUAUCGACUGCACCAUGUCGUCCACCGCCUCGUCGCCCCUGGACCCCGCGCUCAUGCCGUCCCCCUACUACCCGCACCACGUGCUGCCGCACAACCUGCCGCCCCUGCAGCACCAAUACCCGCGCCACCAGCGGCAGUUAUCGGCCCAGUUCUCCCCCAUGGGCCUCCAGUCCCAGCGCCCUCGCUCGCCUCUCUUCUCCAUGCCUCAGGAUGCCCACCUGCCGCCUCCUCCUCCUGCUGCUGCUGCCGCUGUGGUUUCUGCUGCUGGUAUUGGUGCUGGCGGCAGUACUAGUUGUGUGGAGGUUCUGACUGUUGAGGGAGAGUCGGACGGUGAAGCACUGGGAGAAGGUUCAGGGCACGGCGGGCAGCAGAGCUCAGGGCAGGGCGAGGAUGAGAGCUCAGAGCAGGGUGUGGGAGCGGGGAGGAGGAGAGUGAUGGCGCGGUUCCCUCGGGCCGUGUCCACCCCUGCUGGGAUCAGCAGGUCGCCUCUUAGCAGAUCGCCCGUUGGCGGGGCCAGCCCUCUCUCCGACCCCAAUGCUGAGGACGAGGACGGGGGAGAGGGGGUGAGUGGAGGCGAGAUGGAGGAGGGGAUGGAGGGGAGUGAGGAGGGGAGUGGGGAGGGGAGUGGGGAGGGGAGUGAUGAGGGGAGUGAGGAGGGAGAAGGAAGGAGUCCUCAAAUUAGCGAUGAGGAGGUGGGUGAGCGGAGAGAGUGGGGAAGCAGGGAGUGUGGGAAUGGAGGGGGCAUGCAAGAAGCACCAGAUGGCAUCACAGAGGGCUCAGAACCCCCCAGUCACAGCGCGAACAGUGAUUCCUCAUCCCCGUUACGACACAAUGGAGCAGCGUCAACAGACGCCGAAGCAGCCGCCGUUGCGGCAGCUGCCGAAGCAGCGGACCCGAGCCUGCCGCCGACCCUGGCGUCCCUGGGGAAGAAAGCGGAAGGGAUGCUGUCGACCCGAACCUACCGGGACAAGGACGGGAUAGAGUGGCACAAGAGGGGUCCGCUGACUGAAGCGGCUGCUGUGGAAUUUGACACGGAGCCCAUGAUUAUGCCUGAGGUGGUGGACCGGUAUGGGUUCAUUGCAGAGGAGGGAAGGGGGGGCGGGAGAGAAGGGGAGGAGAGGGGGGAGGAGGGGAGAGUGCCGGUGGUGGGGGUGCAUGGGCCGCAGGCAAGCCUGUUGGAGAAGGAGGAGCGGCUACUGUUCAUCAAGGAGGAGCGGGAGGUGCGCAGGUGGCGCGCCAUGAUUGGGCUGGGCCCCAUGGAUUGGAAUCUGUACCAGAGGAAGCACCCCCGGGAGGUCAAGAAGCGCAUAAGACAAGGCGUGCCGGACUGCCUGCGAGGCAUCGUGUGGCAACUGUUGUCUGGUAGCCGGGAAUUCCUGUUGAUGAACGAGGGCGCGUAUGAGCAUAUGCUGCUGUACGAGCUGUCGAACAACGAGAUGGACAUCAUCCGCGACAUCAACCGCACCUUCCCCACACACGUCUACUUCAUGCAGAAGCACGGCCCGGGGCAGCGCGCGCUGUUCAACGUGCUCAAAGCGUACUCUGUCUACGACAAGAAGAUCGGAUACGUGCAGGGCAUGGGGUUCAUCGCAGGGCUGAUGCUGCUGUACAUGGCGGAGGAGGACGCCUUCUGGCUGCUCGUGGCGCUCAUGAAGGGCGCCAACCACACCUCGCUCGAAGGCAUCUUCCUCGUGGGCCUGCCUCUGGUGCAGCAGUACCUGUUCCAGUUCGAUCGCCUGCUGCACGAGUGCCUGCCGCAGCUGGCACGACACAUGGAGAGCGAGGGCGUGACCCCCUCCAUGUACGCGAGCCAGUGGUUCAUCACAGUGUUCGCCUACAGCUUCCCCUUCGCCACCACCCUGAGAAUAUGGGAUGUCUUUCUGUUCGAGGGCAUGAAGACGGUGUUCCGGGUGGGCUUGGCGCUGCUCAAGCAGCAGCAGGACGACCUGUUGCAGAUGCCCUUUGAGGACCUGGUGCCUGCCCUGCGCACAUACCCCGACCGCAUUCUAGAGCCAGACACGCUGCUCAACGUCGCCUUCUCCUUCAAUGUGUCUGACCGGCUGAGAGAACUAGAGGCGGAGUACACAGCCAUGCAGCACCCGCCGCCCAUAGCAGGACCCAAGGCACAUGGGGAGGCGGAGGAGGGGGAGAGGCAGGAGGGGCAGGGAGGGGAGGGGCAGCAACGGAAAGGCUCCCGUUUCCAGCUGCGCCAGAGAAUCAAAUCUGCGUUUUCACGGCCGCCUAUCGGUUGAUACAGCCAUUCACCCGGAUCUGGACCGUCACCAUUCCCAUCCCACCACCACCCGACUCUUGCGCACAUACCGCCAUCUACACCUCUGUUCGACCGGCACAUGCUGUCCUCGCCCCGGAAAUGGCCACAGCCAUCCAAGGCGCAUGUAACAAACAAACUGUAACAUAUUCGUCAAGAUACGCCAGGUACCUAGAAUCCGCUCGGCGAGGAACAAGAAGCCUUGCUCUUUUCUCUGCUCGUCUACACUUCUCUCACUGGGGGUGGGUCUGCUCAAUGGCUGGCUGGUGCUUGCUCUGUUCUGCUCUGCUCUGGCUCAAACAUGGCUUAUCCAUCCACAGUAGUCAAUUGAUACUGGUAGUGUAGUCAGAAAGCCAGCAUGUUGCAGCGCCUGCGAUUCUCUGUCCUGUAGUCUGUGACUGGCAGGCAGUUGUCCACGGUGCAGACAUGGCUGUUGGGAAUCAGCUACCAGUAUAUACCUAGGAUGAGGCUAAGUAUUUGAUUUAUUUU